CGUAUGUGUAUUGCAUAUUUUGGGUGUCUUCUGGGCUCACAGGCGCGCGCGCCCCCGGUUCUGACGGUAGUGCCCCGCGCUCACAGACCUGCUUACGUCUGCGCACCCAAACCGAGUAAAUAAGGCGCGCGAGGGUGCAUGUGUGUGUGUGCGUGUGCGCGUGUGUGUGAGCGGACGGUGUGACGGAGAGGCGCGAGAGCGGCGAUCAAAACACCCCGAAAACACCACGCGCGCGCCAUCUCCGCGGAGCAUGGCGGACUGAAAAAUGUCGACCGUUACAAAAACAGCAGCAGCAGCAGCAGCGCGAGCGCAACGCGGCGACGACGUCACACCGGCGGCGCGGCGACGAGGCGCGCGCGACACCACUGACUGAAAACGGUCGCGAGCUGUUUUUUUUUUCCACAAACAGCGGAAAAAAGAGGGAGAACGGAGAAAAAAGAGGGAGAACGGCGAAAAACGGCGGCGACCAAACGAACAUCGAUGACAUUGCUGUUUUGUUUUCGUCUCCUCGGUGAAGCGGCGGGCACGUGACGAGACGCCUCUCCGGUUCACGCGCCUGUUUUCCGAUGUUUUCGUUUUUUUUCCUGUUUUUUUUUCCCGCCCUACAACGUCGCAGUGAGCCGAGGGGACGGACGCUCGGAUAGCGGAGCCGUUUCCCCGCCUCGCCGGUUCCUGUCGAGGGCGAAGCGGAGGAUGUUGGUGUUGUUUACGUUCAUCUGAGACUCGGCGCGUUUUCAUCUUCUCCUUAUUCUUGACCUCCUGUGGAGACUCCAUGUUUUCCUCCGCGCCGCCGGCCGCUGCUGUCGUCUGAUUCAGCUCUGCACUAAAACGUCAAAACAGACCGGGUAGCUGAGGUGGGGCCAAGUGGUGGGAAAAACCCUCCCCCUGCCUCUCAUUGGUCUUCUAUACCAUGAGCUCUGGCUCCGCCCAGGAUGUGGCAGUGGAGCAUUUCCUGCGUGACAUAGAGAGGCGGGGCCAGCGGCUGCACUGCGCUGUGAUUGGCUGUGAAGAGGAGCCUCUCCGUGGCGACAUGAACCUACUGUACCGCAAGAGCCGACUGGACUGGAGACAUCGAGAUCAGGAGGGCAAGAAGAGUUCCAGUUGUAAAGAUGCUUCCUCAGCGACAGUGGGGAAGGUUCGCGACCUGGCUUCAUUCCGUCGUCAUUUCCGGAUGGGUUUUAUGACCAUGCCGGCGUCUCAGGACCUGUCCCCUCACUCCUGCGCCACCGCUAUGGCGCCACGCUCUCAAUCUUGCCAUGCCGUGGGCACGGGAGAGGGCGGGAGUCUAGAGAACGGAGACUAUCCUGACUCAGACACACAGACGCACCCUAACCCAGCCCGCUGCCCCCCUGCCAAACCCAAACGUCAUCCUAGCACACGCCUUAGCUCCACGCCCCAGCUGGAGCACCCGGCGCGGGGCAGUCACGGCCCUCCGGAUGCCCCGCCCCCACCACCCCCUCAAAACCCACCAAAACACUCUGAGAAGAAGAACGCAAUGAAGAAGUCUGAUUCUGGUGAGAUGCCGGGGAGAAAAGUGCCACCCCAGAAGCCGAAGCGGAGCCCAAGCACUCAGCUGUCCUUUGAUCCCCCACCCCCUCGAGUCCCGCCGCCGGCUACACCCCUGCCAUUCCAGAGCGCAGAGCCGUCUCCCCACGGUGAGGGCGGGGAAGACGAGCCUGUCUACAUUGAGAUGGUGGGUCAGGUUUUCACCCGAGAGACCCCUGGUACACAAACCCCACACCCGCUUACGCCCAGUGCCACCACGCCUGACUCCGAUUCAGAUCAAGGCGAGGCCAUUUAUGAGGAGAUGAAGUAUCCUGUGGCUGAGGAUUCGGCUCGGGACGCCCAGCGCCGCCUGCCGCCCAAACACAAGUCAGCCAAAGCCUACCACUCUUCCUCCAUUAGCUCUUCUUCAGCAUCUUCUUCCCUCCCUCGCCCCUCGUCCUCCUCUCCCUCCUGCUCUUCUUCCCAUUCCAAACCCAAAGCUGCUGUCUCCAUCUCUCACUCUUCCCCUCUCCCUUCCUCCUCUUCUGCCUCCUCCACGCCUGUGCCCCCACAGCCCCUUUCUGCCUCACCCCACCCGCCCCGCGCCCCCACCCCAUUCCUCCUACCCGGCACCAAGUCCGAAUCGGAGAUUGGCAGCACCAGCAAGAUCCCGGCACCGUUCCCAAAUCUGCUGCAGCACAAACCACCUCUGCUGGCCUUCCCUCAGCCCGCUGCUGCCUCUAGUGGCAUUUCAGCGCAGCACAAGAGCAGUUCAGCCAAAUCGGGGAGCUCCAGUGGUCAGGCACCAUCAAGCCUGCCUCCAACUACUAGCACGUCCAGCUCCAGCUCCAAGGACACAUCCGGAGGUGAAAAGGAGAGAGAGAAGGACAGGAAAGACGGUCAGUUAGGUCCAGCGCCGGGCCUUAGAGCAAGGAGCCACUCCACUCCUCUGCCUCCGUCCUCCAAAUCUUCCUCGCCCUACUCGCAUCAUCAUCACCACCACCACCCUCAUCACCGGCCGUCGCACUACCAUCACUACCGGAAACCUGAGAAAGAGUCAUCAAAAGCAAGAGAAGCCUACCGAGAAGGAGGCCCCUCACAGUCCUCAGCUCAGACCCAGACGCAGGCCAAGGAGGGCAAGUCUGUCAGUUUCCUGCUCAAGUCAGACAAAUUGGAGAGAGAGAGGGACCGGGAGAGGGACAGAGACAGAGACAGGGACACACCGGAGUCCAUCCAGGCUGAUUCAGCCACACACACGUCCCAUACCGGCACUAGCACCACGCCAACCCCCAGCCUUCCUCUUGCAGCAUCGUCCUCCUCAUCAUCGGUAACGCCAUCCACCUCUUCCUGCUCCCAGAGGCCGCAUUCUCGGCCCCACCUGCAGCGCUCCCACACCCCUCACCUACCCGCCUACAAGCCACCACCGUCUGACAGCCCCCUGCUCUGGACCUACCCCUCUGUGGGCUUCCGGCGGCCCCCAGCCUAUGACAGCCUGCGUGGUGGUCCGCAGCUUCCCACUCUGCAGCAGCCAGAUGGCGGGGCCAAGGGCGUAGCUGCAGCCACACAGGCCCAUCAGCAAGUCAAGGCAGGGUUUCUGCCGUGGGACAGCAGUCUGAGCAUCGAUGAGCAGGCCUACUGGCCCAUGCACAGGAAACUGUCCUUCAGCCACAGCAGCAGAGAAUCAGAGAAGGAGGACGGUCGUGUGUGGAACGGCAGCACUGACGCUCUGUUGAGAAGAGACAGAGAUGACAUUGGGGGUGGAGUCCGGGGCACAGGGCACUCUGGGAUACCCGUGCGGGCAUCAAGCAGAAUCGGGCACAGCGAGAGCCUGGCAGGGGCAGACGGACCCCCAGGGUUCAGGGCCCUGCCCCGAGCAGGACUGCCCCUGCCCUGCCAAACCUUCCCCGCCUGCCGAAACGGAGAGCUGGGCCGAUUGGGUAGAUCGUCCUCCACAUCAGGAGUGAAGCAGGCUGGAGGAGACGUUCAGAGACAGAGCAGCCUGCCGGCCAGAGAGGCUCUCAGUCAGCUUCAUGCGCUCUCUCAGGCUCCCUGCAGUCCCUCCCUGGCCCGUCCUCAGAUGCAGACACAGCAGCAGCAGGCUCAGGCUCAGGCUCAGUUCCACCUGCAGCAGCUCCAGCAGCACCACCUGCAGCUGCAAUUCCAGCAGCUGGCCCAGCUUGCAGCGCAGGCACAGCCUCCAGCCACCGGGGGCAGCGGUCCCGGUGUGCCGGCCCAGCGCGAUGGCAAACUGCUGGAGGUGAUAGAGAGGAAGCGGUGCUUGUGCAAGGAAAUUAAAGCCCACCGGCGGCCUGAUAAGAGCCUGUGUAAACAGGACAGCAUGCCCAUCCUCCCCAGCUGGAGGAAAACACCUGAACCGCGAAAGACGGGCACUCCGCCCUGCCAAAGACCGCAGGCCGUGGUGUGGGACACGGCCAUCUGACAGAGAGAGAGAGGAGGGUGGCACGGAGGAAGGGAAGAGUGCAGGAUGCCAUAGGGACAUUGCGUGUCUGUGAGGGAGAUCAGUAGGCUACAUUCACAUUACAAGUGACACAAAUCUGAUGUUUUUUGCCUAAACACAGAUCUGAUUCUUUCAAAAACUGGAAACAUAUCUCAUAUGUGGCAACUGCAAUGUAACCAGAUCAUUUGUUUUCCUUAUUUUUAAAGCACCAUUCUUAAAGGGAAAUUCUGCGAAUUUGGAAAUCUCCACAAUUAGGUUAAGAUAAGCAAAUGCAUUCAGAUUGAUUUGGUGUAAAAUACUCUGUUCUAGAGAAACUUACAGAGUGAAAUUUGUCCAUGGUGGUACCAGAUGUCUGAAGAGUUUAAUGUCUCUAAAAGCUCCGUCAAAGAAAGUUGUUAAAUGAAAUGGCUAUAAAUACACCUGACCCCUGAGACCCCUGAGACAUUGUUUUAUGAUGAAGUUUUGGUCUAAAAUGAAUUUUUUAAAAGCCGUUCAUGGCGGAAAGGAACUUGUAGAGUGUUGUGAGGCAAAAUAGAGCACUUAUUUUUUCAGCUUUAUCAUUAUUUUGCCAUCAUCACCGUAAUAUCUAUCCUUUCAGGAGAAAGUAGGUUCACUGGCUGUUUUGGAUAGUAAAUCUUCUUCUUCUUUCGGCUGCUCCCUUUAGGGGUCGCCACAGCGGAUCAUCUGCCUCCAUCUUGCCAUAUCCACUGCCUCCUCUACUUUCACACCAACCAUCUCCAU